UCACCUCUGCCAGGGGAUACCCUAAGGCACACCUGGUGCACCGGGCUCAAACCACGAGCGCCCGUGGACACGCCGCCACGCCGCACGACCGUCCGCGUUCCUCCGUCAGUCGCGGUCACCUACCAGUUAACUCGUCGGUUUGUUUAUCCCGGAGUACGGGCACCGAGGGUCAACACGAGCUUGACGUAGCCUCGAGAACGGUGCGUCGCGACGAAGCGCACUUUUUUAAAUCACGCGCGUUUUUUUUCGUUUCCGCGGACGCGGAAAAUUUUCCGUCGCUCCGUCUCUACGCACGUGUCACCGUCGAUCCGCAAUCCUCGAGUGCGUCGAAAUCCGAAGAAGUGCGUUUUUUUUCAUCCAGUGCUCGAUAGAUAUUUUUGGAUGCCCGAUGUAGCUGUACAGAGCAUUGCGGAGAGACAGGAAGAGCGCAACCAUCGUACGAAGUGUUUAUAUCGGAAGUGUGGAGUACUGCGGAUAAGACUGUAAGAAAAAAAACCUGACUCGCGAUCCAGUGGCGAAUACGCGUAUAUGCGUUUGAUUAAAUAGUGCGCGGCGGUGGCUGAGUAACCAGGCGUCGACGGUCACCGCCUAGGUGCCGGUGCCGUCCACGCGACGUACGAUUAGGCCUAAUAAUUGAUCGGGAAGCGUAUUUCACGUUCCGAAAAAAAGUGAGAUAAACCGCGUCCCUUCGAACGUUAUGUGACAAGUUUACGUUGAUCGUAGGUACAGAGGACAAUCCGGCAUCACCGUAGAUAGUAGAAUUGAUGUUUCCGUUUCGCGAGGAUGAUGAUGAUGGACAUGGGUAUGUACGGGACAUACGGCAAGCCUGACUCCUAUCCGAAUUACGGAUUUUCGGGUCAAUCGGGGGUCCACCAUCAGCCCGGUGGUCACGUUUCGUCCGUACCGCAGUCCCCCGAAAUCGUACCGAGCCAUUACUACCCCCAGACCGCGGUCGCGCCCUAUUCCUCCUCGUCCUCCGAGCCCGGCUUCCUGACGUCCACCGAUUCCGGACCCUCCAGCACGCCACCGCAGGGUUUCUAUUCACCGACGGGCGCCGUUCUCCACGAGGAUGGUACGGCCAUCAUAUCCUCGGAGAACGGGCUCAGCUACACGAACCUCGAUUACGCGUCCUACCCCGCCCAACACCCCGGAUGUCAUCCGAGCGCGGAGUCCCACCAUCCGCAGGCUUACCACGUCCAGCCAACGGGUUACAGGGACGAAACGACGCCGGGACUCCAUCAGGCGACGGUCGUCCAACCCCACCAGCACCCCGACCACGAACAGCUCCAUCAUCAGCAAUCUAGUCAUCACGAGGUCGACUACCAGAUCACCCUUGGCGGUACCUCCAACUACCUCCACCACCAGCUACCGGAAGAGGUCCUCCACUACGGGCAGCCGAGUCUUCACCAAACUUCGGAGUACCCGGGUCAUCCGGCGGCCCAUUACAAGGAGGAAACGCCGGACCCCACCACCGGCUAUCACGCGUUACAGCAAUCCGGACACCCGCAUCACACGCAUCACACGAUCGGACACUCCCAUCAUCCGCAUCAUCACCAACAUACCCACGGGCACACUCAACAACAACAACAACAACAACAACAGCAACAACAACAACAGCAGCAGCAGCAACAGCAGGCUCAGGUUCCAACGUACAAGUGGAUGCAAGUUAAAAGAAACGUGCCGAAGCCAGUGGCGCCCAAAACGAACCCGUCGAGCGGUGACUUCGGGGGUGGAUCUGUCGGUAGCUCGGGAGCGGCGGCGUACGCGACAUCGGCGACAGGGCCAGUAAGUUGUCUGAGCGGCGGUCCGUUGUCCGGGAUACCGGGUGGUUUUAAUAACACGGGUCGUACGAACUUUACGAACAAGCAGUUAACGGAGUUGGAGAAAGAGUUCCACUUCAACAAGUACCUGACGAGGGCUAGGCGUAUCGAGAUAGCUUCGGCAUUGCAGCUGAACGAAACGCAGGUGAAAAUCUGGUUCCAAAACAGGCGGAUGAAACAAAAGAAACGGAUGAAGGAGGGUCUCAUACCGUCGGAUAACGGCGGCGGUGGUGGAACUUCGGGACAGUUGAAUCAACUUGGGCAAUUAAGCGGGGCACGAAGUAGCAGCAGUUCACCAACAGGGUCUAAUUUAGAAGUUGCUGGUAUAGGCUUGGCUAAUUUUACCAGUGAUAACAGCAGAGAAUCACCAAAUUCUUCUUCCAAGGAGUGAGUGGAUUGAUGUUAGCCAUAAUUUUUGGACUUUUCGAAUACUCCUUUUCUCCGUCAGAAAAAAGACGGAAUGGACGCCGAGGGAUUGAAAACUUUCCGGUUCUCUAGGCCCCUCCUUCGCAGCGAGGCGAUGAAGAAUUUGAUAGCCAAAUGUUUUCUUUAGAACCAUUUUAUUUCUAUGAAGAAGAAAAAAACCACGUCGUUUUUUCGUAUCCAUCCGAAACUCUGGCUGCAAUGAAUCUACUGAAUUAAAUGCGAUCUCGGGACCGAUAUCGAUGUUUCAAAGCUUCGAGGACAGCUCAAUAUUUUCUUAGUCAUUUUGAAAAUUAAUUUUAGGAUGAAGAAAGCGAUCAGUGUUUAUUGCAUGAAAAAAUGAAGAAAACUCAAAUUGACCACCUUGACAUACAUGUAUAUAUUUCGCUUUGAUUCUAUCGAAUUUUACAACAAUAAAAUCUGCGAUGACUCAAAAAUUCGAAGCUGCACCGCCCGUAUCUGCGUUUUCACAAACGAGAAUUUAUUUGAUGUAGUUAUUGUGAACAAAGGCCAAAUGUUACCAGUCAUAUAUUUUAUGUUAAGAAGAAAAAUUAAUAAAUAAAUAAUUAAUUGAAAAACGGGAAUUAACAAACUAUGAAAAGCGGACGCACUACGAUAAAACAAGUUACCGAAUUAUUAACACCGCUCCGAUGUAAUGUACUGCAUUUUAUUAUGCAUGCGAUUUUGACGAUAGUAUCGAUACGCCCAAUUGAUCAGGAUAAUUGCCUCUAUUCUCGAAUUUUGUAAUAAAUAGGUUCGUUACUCUGCAUAAACUAGCAAAAUACUAGGAUAUAACAUAGUCGAGAAAAGAUGUUAAAUUCCGGCUUGGAUAUUGAAUACCUAUAGUAUUCGUGGAUUUGAUCAAUUAUCCUGAGAUUUGUGGGACACAGAGAGUAGUCUGUACUAUCCUCUUGUGAUAGUGUGAUAAUGAUAGAUAUGCCUACUAAAUAUAUUGUGUAUGUAUGUAAAUAGAAUCCUUUGCAGAUCUUCGAUUGAUAGAUGAACAAUUUUUACGGAUGGCACUUGUUAAUUUGAGAGACAUUGAUUUCACUUAAUACUGAUCAAUUGUUGAGAAUAAAUUUUCAAUUGCAAGCUCUACAUUAUAUUUCAUGAAAUCAUUAUAUAGUAACUUUUGUUGUUUGGAAACAAAAAAAAUUUCUACUUCUAGUUUUGCCAAACUUGUUUGUUUCACUUUCCAUUGAACGCGAACUAUAUUUUAUAAGAUUUGCACAGGUUUAAGACGUGAAUUGAAGCGAUGAUUUAAGAUCUAUGUAAAAAAAUAGAUAAUUGAUUAUAGUAGCGACACGGAUUCAUCGUGUGAAGAACGCAAGGCUCUGUACCUAAAAAUUCCUAUUAUUAUAAAUUAUGCUUAGUGAAUAUCUUGUAGGACUCUUGUAGAAUUAAUAAAGUAUUAUUGUAUUAUUAAAA